CAUUUCCACUUCUACGGCCCGCCCACCGACGAGAUCAGUCGAGAUAACGCGAGGUAGAGCGGUUCGUUCUCGGACAGGUUAAGUCGAGGUCGAAGUCGGGGGUGGACAGCGGAGACCGUUAACUAACCCCUCGCUGCAAAGAAAACCCCAACCCCACCAAAAUUCGAAGCCGAAUUCAUUAUAGGAGGCGUCCUCUCGCACCACCAAACCCCAACCCUUCUCCUUACCCCUCGACCGGCCAUGGCCGACGGCGAGCAAUGCCGCGAGGAGCAGUACGCCAAGCUCGAAGAUCUCAGGAUAAGCCUCGAUCGAGGCGGAGCAGGAGAGGAGGAAGGAGGAGAUGGCGAAGGCGAAGGCGAAGGCGAACAUGGCGGCGGCUUUGGUUUCUCCCUUUGCGUCUGGAUUUAUCUUUCCGGCUCUGCUCGUCCUUCUUCCAUCAUUCUUAAGCAGAAGACUUCAGAAAGUGAAGAUGAAGCUCCCUUUCUUGUUCUAAAUGAGGAAAAUAAACUGAUUCUACUUCCUUUGAUAUUAAUACACAAAGAAGCUCCUUCUUCUGAGAAUCCAUUUCCCUGGACUGACAUGUUUCACACAGCUGCUGAAAUGGACUGCCCAUUGGAGAAAUGGUUUCAUGUUGGAUGUCAGGUAGCUGAAAAUUAUAUGCGUCUUCAUGUUGAUGGAAAACUGGUUGGAGAGAAGUCUUUGUUUGUCUUAUCCAGCAAGCACUGUCAAGAUGAUAUGAAGAAGAUUAUACUAGUUGGAAACGAUGGGAACCUUGGUGGUUAUAUCUAUCAUGUUCAGGUUUUGCCUAUAUCUGCCUCAGUAUCAGAGCAUUUUGUUAAGAAUCCUCCAGCAAAGUUGUCUCUUGAUAAUUCAUGCAUUUUGGAUGGUGUUGAAGAAGGAGGUGACGGUGUCUGGAGCAUUGUUGGUGGCAAGGCAUCUUGCCGCAGGAACUUCUCUUUGGAAGUUGUGCUAUUAGAUGCUUUUGGUAGAUCAGUCCAUAGGGAGAUGGAGGUAGUUGCUUCACUUUUAUAUGCCGACAGUGGAACUCCUGUUGAAAAAACUCGAGAUGACGCCGAAGCACCAUUGCUAACAAGUUGUGAUGGACUUGAAUACCCUUCUACUGAUAGGCCAGUCAUGCUUCUCCGUGGCCGUGCCACAUAUAAGCUUAAAAUAUCUCAGCUAUCAUCGAAAUGUGACAAUCGGCUUUUCCGUGUUUGUUUCCACCCAUUGCAUGGUCAGAGAUAUCCAUUUCUUGAAGCAUACUCUUGUCCGAUACGCUGUAUCUCAAGGAACCGCAGUAACCGGACAUUGGGGAUUGGGAAAAGGUCACUUUCAACAACAGUUCUUCUCGAUGAAAUUCAUUUGCUAAAGGCCAGCGAUGGGUUGCAAGCAAUUCGUGAUGUGUAUGGGAAUGGUCAACUAAAAGCAUCAAACCAGUCUGACUUGAAAUGCAGUCCACAGUCGAAACAUUUUAAAGUUGAGGAUAACAGGUCAACAACAGAAGUUGUUGCUAAUGGGAGCUCAGAACAGAGGAAAAACCAAGAAAUGAGAAUAAACAACUUUGAAGGAACAGACAGUGGACCAUCAGAUUCUGAGAGCACUGAUCUUAAAGAUCUGGACUCCAGAUGGAGCCAAAACUCUGUUGUCUCAGAUGUCGCAAUAUUUCGGUACUGUUUGGAGAGUACUUUUGAGCGAUCAAUGAUACUUAAGCAGUUAAUAGCUUCAGCAAGCAAUGAAGAUAUUGCAAAUUUUGCAGAGCAGGUUUGCCUGUACAGUGGAUGCUCUCAUCACCGAAAUCAAAUAUUGGUUUCAAAGCAUUUGGUCCAAGAAGGAGAUGAUACUUGGAACUCCAUCUCUCGGAAGAACCAACGAGCUCUCUGGAUGGAUGCAAUUUCUGAGAUCAAUAACAAAUUCAUGAUGGUUGCCAAUUCUGCAAGUAGGCCCUUGUCCGGACAGGACCUUGAAAUCUUGCGUGGAAUCGCUGGAUGUGGUGAUGAUCUGGGCAGGGAAGAAUUUGACAGGAUGUGGUACUGGUUGUAUCCUGUAGCUUUUGCUUUGUCCAAGGACCGAAUAAACAGAAUAUGGAAAUGCCUAUCACCGAAAUGGAUAGAAGGUUUCAUUACAAAGGAGGAAGGAGAAUCUGCGCUUAAAGGUCCUGGAGGACUACAAAAGGCAGGAACUUUUGUGCUUCGAUUUCCAACCUCUCGCAGCUGGCCUCACCCUGAUGCUGGCAGUCUAAUUGUUGCUUAUGUUGGCACUGAUUGCAUCAUUCACCAUAGGCUUCUUUCACUUGAUCAUAGGGAUCGAGACUCGAGAUUACUGCAAGACUUGCUGUUGGAAGAACCUGAAUUAUCCCAGUUGGGAAGGGUUGUGCGACAAAACAGCAGUUCUUGUGCAAGCUGAGGUCUGGAAAUUAUGGCAUGAACAUCCGUGACGAUGGAUCAGUUGACGAUUGGGCACCCCUAUGAGAUCUGCAGCGUGCCUUAAUGUGGUGGUGCCCUGCACAGUUGUAAAGAUGUUGUAUAUGAACAAGAGUUGCAUCCUGUUCUGUACACCUAACGUUCUCAAGUUUCGCAAACUCUUUUAUGUCGGCGAAUUUUACCAACAUCAAGAGUUUAAUUUCAUCAGGUAAUUUGAUCAUCCGCACUAUAAUGAGAUGGAGUGUUCCAAACAUUUGUGAGCUGUGUGUGACCAAAGUUGUUGUAAAUGUAGAGCCUUUGUCUCAUGUUUAUUCUCGUACUGCUUACCAUAAUACUAUCUAGUGAUAGCUUUUAUGUCA